CAUAGACAUUACCAUAUCUACAGAAUGCAACCUCCUCUACUCACAGCAGCACUCACUCUCAUCCUAAUCAUCACCCUAACCCUCCUAACAACCCCCUCAACAGCACUUACCCCCCCCUUCCCCCUCCGCAAACGUCUCCCCCGACCCUUCCUCUCCACCCCCCACCUCCGCCACGACCUCCAUCUCCAAGACACCCAACCCACCCUAAAGCAGUGGCUCUCGCACCAAAACCCCCCCAUGGGCAACAAAAUGUCCUCCAAUAACCAAAACCAGAACCAAAACCCCAUCAUCUCCGACGUCCUCCCCAAGAACCGCCUCAUCAACAUCUUCGCCUCCCUCACCCGACAAUUCGACUCCAUUGAGUCCAAGUUAAACGAUGCAACCAGUAACGUGACGGUCCUGGCGCCGAGGAAUAGUGCUAUCCAGGAGCUGCCGCGCAAGCCGUGGGAGAAUCCGGAGGAUUAUGAGCGGUUCGGGGAGGUGGGCGCGUAUGAAGGGGAUGAGGGGCAGGAGAGGGCGAAGAGGAAUUUGGAGAGGUUUGUGCAGGCGCAUGUUGUAACUGGGAGUCCGUGGAGGGAGGGGGAGGAGGGGAGGACUCUUGCGGGGGAUAGGUUGAGGUGGGAGAGGGUCGAAGAUAAAAUUUAUAUUCAACCGGGGAAUGUAGAGGUGGAUAGUAUUGCGGAGCAGGUUUCGAAUGGGGAGGUGUGGAUUCUUAAUGGGGUUAUUAACUAUCGUUAGAUACCAGUGUGAUCCUGACAGGUUGGGCGUAUAUAUUUUGUUUCGCGUUAUGAGUUUAUGAUUGAUGGAUGUUGUGCAAGGCCUUGAGGCAGAGGUAAUUCCUCUUAGUAUUGCCUUUAUGCGCUUAAUAUAUAUCAUUGGUGUACAUUCACACUUCGUCUAAUAUUUUCAGCAAUACCCAACGCAAACAGCCAUAGAC